AUGCGGAUGUUGAGGUGGACGAUAGGUGCAACGCUAAAAGAGAAAGUAUCCAACGACACUGUACGUUCCAUCUUCUUCGUCGUCCCGAUAACUGAGAAGAUGAAGGAGGCGCGACUGAGAUGGUUUGGUCACGUCUUGCGGAAGGAGGAAGAUUCUGUUGCCAAAACCGCUCCGAAGCUCGACGUUUCAGGAGUGAGGCCGCGUGGGAGGCCAAAGAUUCGCUGGUUAGACCGUGUGAAGCUGGAUAUGAUAGAUGCACGUUUGUGUACGGCUGAUGCAAUGGAUAGAACCAAAUGGAAGACAAGAAGCAGAAAAGCGCACCCUGCAACAACGCGGGACAAACGUUAG